AUGGAACAGAACUUCACAUUUAAUCGGCCAAUUGGCUUUUUCAUCAUGGGACUUCAGUCUUUGCCAGACUCUAAAUAUUAUUUUCUUUUCCUGGCUUUUGUUUACAUCGGAACUCUUGUGGGGAACAUGUUCUUAAUGAUGAUCAUAUGGCAGUCAGAAACUCUUCACACCCCGAAGUACAUGGUGGUGUUCAGCUUGUCCAUUGUGGAUGUGAGCCACAGCACUGCUCUCAUCCCUGAAUGUGUCAGACAGUUUCUUUUUGACUCAAGGAUUGUGGCAUACAACUUGUGCCUGACUCAGAUGUUCUUUGUUCACUUUUUUUAUAUAACAGAAUCCUACUCACUGGUCAUCAUGGCUUUUGAGAGGCUGGUCUCCAUUUGCUUCCCUCUACAGAGCAGCACAAUCAUUACCAACACACGCAUGUUUGGCAUCAUAGUUUUCAGCUGGGUCCUGGCCUUUGCAAUUCAUGUACCUGCAUUAGUGUUGAUCACUCACCUGUCAUUUUGCAAGCCAGUUCCCACAGUGAUGAGCUACUUUUGUGACCAUGGCCCAGUUUUCCAGAUUGCUUGCAGUGACAACAGCCCAAACUGGAAGAUAGGAUAUUUUUUUCUGUGUGCUGUCAUUUUUUUGCCUUUAGGUUUUAUCUUAAUGUCAUAUGUGUUCAUCAUUACUGUAGUAUCCCGGAUCAAAUCUGUAGAUGGACGAUGGAAAACAUUGAAAACCUGCUCCGUGCACUUCAUUUUGGUGGCAAUAUUUUUCAUUCCCAUUCUAGUGAUUUAUCUCAUUGCAUGGAUUUAUCUCAAGGUUGACAGUAACACUCGAAUCCUGAGCACGUCUUUGUCAGCAGUGCUACCACCUUUUCUCAACCCUAUUAUUUACACACUAAAGACAGAGGAGGUAUUGGAGCAAAUGAGAAAGUUUCUCAGAAAACGUUCAGUCAAACCACUGUGGUGA